GCCUAUAUUAAAUCACUCGUUCUCUUUCUGUUAUUGUGCAUCAUAUAGAAAACCUCCGCCUGUAGCUCUUCUAGAGUUACUACCAGUCCCAAGCCCGGGUAAAAGAGGAGGGUUGGCAAUCUCACCCCACAGAAAACAACCUUACUAAAACGUGCCACUCAGAUCAAACCAUUAAAACCUUGUUGUUUGAACUGACGGAAGAAUUAUGAUACUUCAUGAUGAUAGCCUAGAUUCUUUGGAGUUUACGAGGCCGAUUCCCUUCUUAAUAACCACAGCAACAAUUAAUGUGGGUACAUAGAAUGUUCAGUCAAUAUAAGAAACCGAGAAGACGAGUGAAAUGGCCACGGAAAUGAGGUGAUACAAUUUGCUAUUUCUCGGAAUCAGUAAACCACAUUAAAACCCAAGCUAUAUAGCAAAAGCUAGAUACGGUAGAGAUGCUGCUGUACUCUGCUUGCGAAGUAGAAAAUGCUUCGCACACUCAGGGAAUUGCUUUAAUGCUGUCCAAAGAAGCACGAAAAGCACUUAUAAGGUAGGAACCUCAUGGGUCCCGAGUAACCAAUGUGUAACUCUAAACAAGGAAGGUGGGAAUCACAAUGAAUGUUAUCCAACGUUAUGCAUCCAUCAGUGAUAGCAACAACGACGACAAAGAUCAGUUUUACAAGCGGCUGCAAUCGAUAUUAGCGAAAUACUCAGGAAUUGGCUUGACCAUCUUGAUAGGAAACCUAAACCAUAGAGUCGGAAUGGACAUCAACGGUCAAGAAGAUAUCACGAAAUGACAUGGACUAAAAGAGGGAAACGAAAAUGGGCAGUUAUUUACAAAGCUAUAUGUAUUCAACAGGACAAUAUUCCCACACAAUCACAUACACUAAGUUACAUAGGUCUUAUUGUAGAACCAGACAAGUCAUAUUUGUACCAAUAAAAAUACAGAAAGACAGUGGGAGAAGUGAGAAUCAGGAGAUGAACUGACGUUGCUUCAGAUCGCCAUCUGAUUGUGACAAACUCAAUGAAAGGAAUAUAACUCUGAACAACAGGUUACAAGACUUACAAGAUCUACCCAAUGAGGUGGAAACUAAAAUGGCGGACAACUGGAAAGGGACCAAAGAAGCAUUCACUUCAACUUGUCAGGGCCGUAAGAAGUGUAUUUCAAUCGAAACCCUGGACAAGAUUCGAAAAAUGAAAAACAAGAAGACAGUAAUUAACAACAGAAGAACGAGGACAAAGAAAGUCGAGACACUGGCUGAGUACACAGAAGUGAACAAACAAGCGAAGGAGGGCAUUAGAACUACCAAGCAGAAAAACUUGGAAAACCUAGCAACGACAGCGAAAACAACUAUACGACACGAUGAAGAAACUGGCAGAGAAAUAUGGUUAACCAGCGAUAUCGAUCAAGGACAAAGAAGGAGAGCCAGUCACUGAAAUUUAAGAACAGAGGAGCAGAUCGGUAGAAUACUUCGUAUUGAAACAGCACACACAGACAUUACUACGGAUGUCACUCCACUAACGACGGAAGAAAUCAGAACGGCCGUCAGAAAAAUCAACAGUGUGAAGGCAACGCGACCUGACAAUAUGUCAGCCGAAGCACAGACGUCAUACAGUGGCAUUUGCAAAAAUGCUCCACAUUCUUCUCAGGAAGAGUUGUGAAGAAGAACAAGUGUCGACAGACUAGAAAGAAGGAUAUCUCAUCAAGAUAUCAAAGAAAGACCUCAGUAAAUGUAAGGACUACAGAGGCAUUACACUACUGUCAGUUCCAUGGGAAGCUUUCAACAGAGUGUAGCUAGACCGGACGAAAGACUGAGUAGAUGCACAACUUUGAGAUCAACGGGCGGGAUUGUGUGGAAAUCGGUCAUGCACAGAACGAACCGCAACACUACGGAUCACCGCUGAGCAAUCAAUUGAAUGGAGCUCGUCGCUAUGCCUCAAAUUCCUCGACUAUGAGAAGGCGUUGAACAGCGUGAGUGGGAGAACCUUGUGGAACCUUUUUCAACAUCAUGAUGUGUAUGAGAUCGUCAACAUCACAUGGAAUUCACAUGACGGGCUGCACUGUAAGUCAUGUAUGGAGGCUAGCUGACAGAUAGAUAUCAAGCGAGGAUCAGUGUCAGACAAAGCUGCUUACUUUUGCCUUUUCUCUUUCCUGGUGGCCGAUCGGAUUUGGAAGACCUCCACAUCUGAGGGAAGCACGGAGUGAAAUCGAUAGCUUGAGUGCAGCCAUACAAUUUGUGCUUUACAGAUGGUCCAACUCCUCUGUCCCAUACACAAUGCCAAAUGCAUGGGGAGAUAAGCAGCGUGACGGCGACCUUCACAGCAGUAGGUCUCAACAUCCACAGGGGAUGAACCAGGCUCUUCAAACAAAACACAGGGACACAAAUCGAGUUAUAUUUGACGGAGAAGGUUUGGAACAGAUGAAAAGCUCUACGUAUUUCGACACGACCAUUGAUAAACAAGGAGGACUUGACGCCGGUGUAAUGGCACGUAUCAAGAAACCAAGGGCCAAAGUCCUACAACUGAAGAUGUACAAAUCAUCAUACUUUUUCCGGUCACAUAAAUCCAUCGCAAAAGCUUAACCUCACAGUCGAAAUAGCGUACUUCUACAUAAUUGUUGUUAUGAACUCUGAUGUCAUAGUACACCAAUUAGAUGGCUGUUUAAUAAGGUCACUCAUGCAUAUCACAUACUUCAAAUAUUCAGAAUCAAAGAAACGACAGAGCGGCUUUGACUCACUCCACAGAUGCCUUGAACUUUACAGUGGAAAGGGUGUAGUUUAUGUCUCUUUAGAUCGUUAUCCGCAGUUCGAAAGGAUUUAAUCUCAUACAGAUCAAAUACAGAACGUUUGACAGUCAUUCAGUUGUUUAUGUAUUUAGAAUUUUGCGUUACAAAUCAAUUUUUGUGUAAUGGACGUUACUCACAAGAUUGCUUGUAAGCAGUCUUUAACAGAAAGUAGCGUCUUAGUUGUCAGAUGAAGAUAUAGUUUCAGUACGUCGGAAGUACGGCCUAUACACGAUACUUGAUGACCAGAAAAGAAGACAGUUUAGUCUGCAGAACACACACCAGUAUAGAUCACUAACGUAGAUGAUCUGUGUCGCACGCUUGUGAGCCCACUCGAGUUAGACAGGAACAGUGUGGUCAAUCAGCUAUCUUCAAGGUCACACAAUGCAGA